AUGGCGUCGCCGCGUGCACAGGAAGACCGAAUCACGCCGGGGGAUGCUAGCCCCGAGCAGCAACUCGACGGCUCUAUCUCUCCCUCGCCACAAGGGACCAGCGAAGGCCUGCAGCCUCCCAGGGGCAAGGAAAAGAAACGGGUUGGCUUUGCCAGCGACAGUAGUACUCUCGGCAGCCCAUUCCGUGUCACGCCCAAUGAACCGCAGCAUGACGGCCAGGAUUACUUCUCUCUCGCUCCAUCGCCAUACAGCAACGCCUCUACGCCUUUGCAAGGGGAACUGUUAACCAGACGACCUUCUGUCGACGAGGCCGAACUAACCGCCGCGGUGGCUCGGUAUUUUGAAAGCGAGCAGGCCGGGGGGCAGCCCGGCCCAAGCCGGCCCCGUCCGGCGCUCCGAAAGUCGUCCGCUCUGCCAACAUCGGCCGACAUGCCAACCACUCCCCACAGGUCCGAGGUCGAAGCCAAGAACCGGGCAGAUCGCCUCGCUUAUGCCGUCGGGACUGCCUCCGCUCCCGUAUCAAGAAGGGGUUCGGUCGACUCCGGGAGAGGAGCCGUCGCCCAAGACCGUUUACUCGACUCGGCAGCCACGACGGCCCAAGAUUUUGCGCCACCUUCAAAAGACUCGGAGAAUGUCCGGCCUCGCAGAAACGCACAAUUCGAGGCUGAUCAGCUCGUGAGGACCCAUCGGCGCCACAAGAGCCCGCUGAUGAACUCCUUUGUCCCGCCGACGUCUGGCACUGUCACGCCCGUCGACCACGAUCUGGAAUAUGUGCCCGCACCGAGCACUUACAGGGGCGGGAUUUUAGGAACGCUGCUAAAGCUCUACGGGUCCGAGGAGAGGCAUGGGACCGUCGAUUCUAGCGCACCAAGCACGCCAGGGAGUAGCCCCCCGACCUCGAGGUCGAGCACACCGAAACCGGAGCACCGCCGCCCUCGGCCAUGGAGGACACAGUCGUCGAGCACCUUGGCAGGACUCAUGGAGUCGUCGUUUAUGUUCGCCGCUCCAGGAUCUGCCAAGGACAUCUCCGAUGCAGUGUCUGAGAAGGUGAAGCACGAGGCAGGCAAGAGCAAGAAAUCGGGCAAAUCGAAGAAAAAGGCCGACGAGUACCGCAUCAAGAUCCACAUCGCCGAGAUCAUCAACCGACACGCCUACCUCCUCAGACUGUGCAGGUCCCUCAUGAUUUACGGUGCCCCGACCCACCGACUAGAAGCCUACAUGAGGAUGUCUGCUCGCGUACUUGGCAUCGAGGGCCAGUUUCUGUACCUUCCGGACACCAUGAUCAUCUCGUUCGAUGACAGCAACACUCACACGACGGAAGUCAAGAUUGUGCGCGCCGGCCAGGGCCUAGACUUUGGACGUUUGCGAGAUGUCCACGAGAUUUACAAGGAGGUUGUACACGACCGCAUGGGCGUCGACGAAGCGACCGCACGCUUGAAAGAUAUCACCGCUCGCAAGCCAAAAUUCCCCGUAUGGUUGCGCAUCUUCCUCUACGGCAUCGCCUCGGCGACGGUUGCUCCUUUUGGUUUUGAGGGCCGUUACAUCGACAUGCCCAUCUGCUUCAUUCUCGGCUGUCUCGUUGGUUUUCUGCAGCUUUACAUUUCGCCUGCUAACGAACUCUAUGCCAACGUAUUCGAAAUAACGGCAGCCGUGGCGACCUCAUUUCUGGCCAGGGUAUUCGGCUCCAUCCGGGGCGGCGAGUUCUUUUGUUUCUCAUCCCUCGCACAGGCACCCAUUGCUCUAAUCCUGCCGGGUUACAUGGUGCUCAGCGCGAGUUUGGAAUUGCAAAGCCAUCAGAUGAUCUCGGGCUCAGUCCGCAUGGUUUACGCACUCAUUUACACCCUCUUCCUGGGCUAUGGCUUUACCAUCGGGUCGGUUAUCUACGGGUACAUGGACAGCAACGCUGUCAGCGCGGUGCACUGUACCGUUGGCGAUAACUGGUACACGCAGAGACCACCCGAGAACUACUACCUGCUUUUUGUCCUCCCAUUUACGCUCUGCCUCUGCGUCAUCAACCAGGCCCAGUGGAAACAAACACCAGUGCAAGUCUUCAUUUCGCUCGCCGCCUUCUGCGUCAACAACUUCGCCUCGCGCUUCUUCAAAGGCAACGGCAUCGUCUCGAGCUCUCUCGGCGCGCUCACCAUCGGCGUCCUCGCCAACCUCUACUCCCGCCUCGGCCGAUACGCACAAAACUGGCUCCUCGACAUCUGGGAGCUCCACAUCGAGCCCCGCCUCCACCGCCUCACCCGCAACAAGCGCGCGGCGCACCACUCCCCCUACUACAACUGCCCGCCGGCGGUGGAGUCAGACGAGACGCUCGCGUCAACGGUCAACCCGAAAGCAGGGGCAACGCCGCCGGAUCCCGAGAUGGGCGGCGCCAGCCCGGACCCGUCGGCGGGGCUCUCGCCGCGCGCCCGCAAGAUCGGCUACGGCCUCGCCGCCGCCGCCAUGCUCCCGGCCAUCUUUGUCCAGGUGCCCUCGGGCCUGGCCGCUAGCGGCUCGCUGCUGAGCGGCGUCACCAGUGCCGACCAGAUCGUGCGCAACGAGACCAUUCUUGCCAACGGUACCGUCGUUAAUGGGACCAUGUCCAUGACCACGACGCAGUCCGGGGAUCUGAAUAACUCGGCUUUUAAUGUCCUGUUUAGUGUCAUUCAGGUUGCUAUUAACAUCUCGGUGGGGCUGUCGCUGAGCGCGCUGUUGGUGUAUCCGUUUGGGAAGAGGAGGAGUGGGUUGUUCAGUUUGUAA